UGCCGUUCCCGUAGCAAGUGAUCGUCAUCGUCGUUCUCGUCUGUCCGGUACCGGUUUAAAGACGCGUCGGACCAAAGUCCUCGUCCGCCUGUCGCUCCUUCUUGCGCACGGUUCGUGAAAGAAAUACAAAUUGAUCGCGAGUUUUCGUGCUGAAACGACCGUUACAGAGAAUUGUUUCACGGUGACGUUUGUGAAUACCAACACCGAACCCGUUGCGUACAAAUAAAAAAAGAAAAAAAAAAUUCGUCGGCGGCUUCUCGUCGACUAAAAUUUUUCGCUUCGUUUCGUCAGUUUCCUUUCGCCUCUCUGCCUUUUCUGCCUCUGCCCUCUCGCUUCGUCCCUGCCUCCGUCUUUGUCCACCGUCUCUCAUUCUGUCUCCAUCGUGUCUCCAUAUCCCCCUCUUCUCUGUUCAUCCUUCCGUCAUCUCGUCGGUCGCGCGCGACUCAGACGGGACACGAACAGCCGCACGGAUUUCUAUACGGUUCCGUGUAAAGCAGGAGAGUUUAACAACUACGUAAAUAUGGCGUGUGAACGAUGGUGCUUUAACCGUGGCUGUGACGGAGCUACCCGACGAUGGCCGUGCAUCCUGUUGUUGCUGGCCCUGUACGUGCUCGGCUCGAGCCUCGCGGACAACGGGUCCGACCGAUAUCUCUAUGAGUUGAAUUACUCCAGAGGGCAGUUGUCGGCCGAACACGAAGCGGACGAAAUCUCUUACGUGUCCAUCGACGAAGAUGAAGGAUUCGGCAGACAACGUCGAGCCACGGACGAGAAAACGCUCGUCACGACGGAUCAGGCGCCGAACGAUUUACAAACGCAAGAACCGCAAGCGGCCGUAAACGCAUCGAAUUCACGCAGGAAAAUUUCCAUUUCGUACCGGACGGAUUACACGAGCGAAUCGUCGACCGCUAUUUCAUCGUCCUUGUCACCGACUGCAGUUUGGACGGAAGUACAGGUGACCUCGACGACGCAAAGUUCGGUACCGGUAGCUUCGUCCCCGACCAAGGACCCGGUUCCGCUGACUGUUUGGCCGAAUGCCACAAUGUGGAGCAACGUCACGGAUAAAUCGCCGGAGACCAACAAAAGUUCACAGAAGGCGCCGGCAACUGUGACCGAAUCUACGGACACGAAAGACGAGUCCGAUACCACUAGCGGGGACAUAUCUAUUAGCAAGUUCUCGGACGUAACGAAUAAAACUCUGUCCCAGCAUAAUAUCACGAAAACGGAGUACGACACGCAUCAGUAUUACAACAGCACGUUUAUCAUCAACGAGACCAUCGGUAGAAAAUACUGGGUGGAUAUAGAUUCCCAUCCGGAUCUGAAAGUCAAUCAUCUGCUUAGUCAGAGCCAUCGUCGGGCAGCGACCGUCAAGCUAAAAUUCGAUUUUCCUUUCUACGGGCAUAAAGUUCGCAAUAUCACUAUAGCCACGGGAGGUUUUCUCUAUACAGGCGAGUACGUGCACAGUUGGCUUGCCGCCACGCAAUAUAUUGCGCCGUUGAUGGCAAAUUUCGAUACGCGUUUGUCGAACGAUAGUUACGUCAAGUACGCCGACAAUGGAACGUCAUUCACGGUUGUGUGGGAGAAGGUAGUUUUGCAAGACAAACAGGAUGCCGGUGCCUUUACCUUCCAGGUGACCCUACACCAAAACGGUGACAUCGUUUUUGUCUAUUCGGUAAUCCCGUUGAUGGUCGAGCUCAUUGAGGAUACGGCGCAUCCCGUUAAAGUUGGCCUUAGCGACGCCUAUAUUAUGGACAGAAUAGUGUUCUUUGUUCGCAGGAAAACAAUUUACGAGUAUCAUCGUGUAAAUUUCAAUCGGCAAGAUAUAAAGAAUUGGACGGUGAUCUACUUGAAUGCGUUACCCACGUGCUUGGAGAUGGACAACUGCAGGGACUGUUUGACGAAGCUGAAGGAUUUCGACUGCAAAUGGUGUUCAGAGUUGAAUCAGUGUAGCACGGGAACGUUCAGGUCGCGGCAAGAUUGGUUGUUGAAGGGUUGCGACGUCAGGAAGAUAAAAGACGUCGCCAAUUGCCCGCCGCCAACCACUACGUACAAGGAACACGAGGAAGAGUUCAACCAUGUUUUGCACAUGCAUUCAGAAGAGACUGUUACUGUCAGUGAGAUGAACGCCAAGCAAGAGAGACCUGAAACAAUUCAUUUGGAACGUUCUCGGGACAACAAUAUGAACAUGGGAGUUUCUGGAAUAAUUGGAAUUCUCCUGGUGGUCGGAUUAGUAACAGGUCUAGUGGCCUGGGCCGCAUACGCUUAUCGCAAUCCUCACAGUGCGUCUGGACAAAUAUUAAUUAGGUAUCGGCCAAGUCAAUGGAGUUGGCGAAGAGGAGAAGCACGUUACACGGCAGCAACGAUUCACAUGUGAUGGACAUGUUGCAAUCGAAACACGCUCAGCAUUUAGUACAGAACUGUCGGACCAAACUUCCUACUAAAUACGUACUGUACCAAGUCUGCAAGUUUUUACGUAUGGAACAGUUUUCCUGCAAUGACGCGUCGGUCGCUCCGUUAAUUGUCGUACAAUAAUGCGUAAACAACUAUUUUUUCGACGGCUACUAAUUAAAAACCAACGCGCUUUAAAUUUACAAUCGAAGGCGUUUUAGAUUAUCUCGAAGAAAAACCGAGUAUUUUAAUACUGUACAUUGUCACGAGCGUUGUAACGCUAUCCCCAAAGUAAUGGUAAUUAAACUACUGACGACAACGGUAUAGAAAGAACUUUACGAAGCAGGCUUCAUCUUUCAAGUGAGUUCGAUAACGUAAGUUUAUUCGAAACUUAAAUUUUUUACAAGGUAAACUCUAUAAUUUGUCCACUUGGAUUAUUUUCGUUGUACACGGAACGACCUAAACUAUCGGGUCAGUUCGUAAGUUCGUUCAUAUUUUUAGUGAACUUUGUUUGUUUCCGUUCGAAACAAAUACUAUUUUCAAUAGACAUUUUCUUAUAUCGUCAAAAGCAACGAAGAUAUUUUAGGUUUCAAAAUAAGUAAGUAUAGACAUUUUAGUUCCAACGAUAAAACUAAUCAGGGACAGUUUAUGAGGUUCAAUUUGUAAAAAUUUGUAAAAAAAAAAAAUUUAUACCGCAGAAAUUUACUAUACUGUGUCCGAUAGAGGUUGCCCGUGAAAAUACCAAACUGAUCUCCGCAACGUAUAAUUUCUCGUAAGAUUUCCCUUAAGUCAUUCUAUCACCAUGUUCGAGAAUAACGACGAAACGUUUCCAGAGCGUAUGAUAACGAAAAAUAAAUAAUGAGAGAAAUGGAGACCGGUAUUAUUUUCUUGACUACGAAAACAUUCGUGACGUUUUCCAAGUCGAAGUAACCGUGUAUAUCGUCGAAGAACGGGCAAAAAAUCCGUAGCCUGGAUAUCGAGCGUUUAUGUGAUUUUAGUAUCAUGUGGUAUACCUUGUUAUUGUUUAAGAAUUCGUUUUUUUUAUCGUUAUACAAACCGCAUAAUUGUUUAGAUAUAUAUAUACAUAAAUCUCCGCGGCGUGAAGAAGCAAUGAGUUUUAAAGAAAUCAACAAUUGAACGACCAAGUUCCGAUCUAGCCUAUCGAAACUACAGUUCAGUUGGCGCACGAAAAUAAAAUGUAAUCAAGAAAUUUUUCACGAACUUCUAAAAAUUCAUCACGUUGUCGUAUUAUCGUUAUCGAUUUCUUUAAUUUUUAUUAUCAGUAGUACAUUCCAGAAUAUGCAAUUCCAUCAAACGUAGAAUAUCGAAUGCAAAAAAUUAAUGCGUCUAUGAACUGUAGUUUCAUCUUUUAAAUUUUAAGCAAAUUUAUACAAUACAUAUAUAUUUUACGAAAAGAUUUUUAAAAAUACAAGCACCUUAAACUGUAACAUGCAUGAGAAAACAACAAUGAGAUACUCAUAUCAAUCGAUAAAACAUUAGGUCACCAGUGUAUAUAGUAGUACAUUAAAGCAAUAUAAUUUUUAUGUAAUUGUAAGUGUAAUUAAUGUCUGAAAAGGUGCCUUUGAUCGACUUUUUGAUCCAUUUAUUGGCGAUAGAAUAUAUAUCGAUGAAAUAUUUUCUACGAAUCACGAUGAAUUUUAAUUGUAUAAAAAUGUUCGAUUCGAAACGAUAGCACGAUUGUCUGUCUGUUGGAAUCAACAUGAGUUACUAUUUAAACGAUUUUUAGAAUAACAUGUAUUUGAGGCAGCGAAUUUUUAAAACGAUUUUUUAAUUGUAUUUAAAAUCACUAUGUCCGUACGACGAAAUUACCUUGGGAGAAGGAAACAAUUAUAAACA